AGGUGUCCUUGCAUGUUUGGAUGGUUACAUGAAUAUUGCUCUUGAACAAAGUGAAGAAUACCUGAAUGGGCAACUUAAGAAUAAAUAUGGAGAUGCCUUCAUCAGAGGAAACAAUGUGCUCUACAUAUCCACCCAAAAAAGAAGAGUUUGAACUAUAUACGUGAUAUUAAUUUGGAAACUUUGGUCAGUGAUGACAUUGACCUGGAAAAAUUGAUCAUAAUUUUGCAGAAUUUGCAUUUUGAGUAUUAAGUUUGUGACACUGAAGGAUAUGUUAUUUACAAUGGAUGGUAUGCCUUUUUGUUUGUUCAGACUUUCCUAAGUUUAAGCUAUGUAAUAUAUUAAGAUAAUAUAAAACACAAAUGCUGAUUUUUACAAUGUAAUGUGAUUUGAUAAAUGGUUUUGAUAUGAA